AACCUCACCACAUCGCCAUUCGCUAAUCUUUCCAUUUCUGUUGCGAUUUACUCCAUAUUAGUCUGAAAAGUAUUUUUGGUAUUAUCUGAAAAGAUUAUCAUUUGUAAAUUUCUUCCUUUGAUUAAAAAUAUUCCAAAGUAAUUGCUCGUAUUCUGCUUAGAAAUGUAUAGAUCUAGGCUUAAAUCGAACCCUAACUUGUUCUUAUUUGACUGCAUGUUGUAUAUGUUGUCCCUGUUCUAUUUCUUGUGGUGUGUAUGUGUACAUGUGUAGAUAGGGUCAUGAAAAACAACCCUAAUCUAGGAUCUAUGAGUUACAAAAACUAACAAAAAAAAAAUAAAACAAGAACACCAUAUCCAUGUGGUUCACUCAAAACUAGGGCUCCUUCUAUAGAGUCACUGAGAUUCACAGAUAAAAAGCAAAGGGAAUUAGAGAGAAUUCAGUCAUCAACAACCGGCCCCACUAGACUCUUAGAGGCUUCAUAACAAGUGUGAAAUUGCCAAAAUUUCCCCAAUAAAAAUUUGGGUAAGGUGGAUCUGUGAACACGUGGUAAGAUGUACACUACUAUCAAGCUCCGCACUUCUUAUUACAUAGUCUUAGUUUGAUUAACCUACAGUGUAUACUAUGGACACGAUGCAUCAAAUGCAAAUAUAUAGCACAUAGAUUUACAUAUAUGUAUGUCUCUGUAUAUUCUACAUAACUUAGACACACAGACACACUUGAAGUGAACUCAUAUUUGAAUAAACAUGAUUGCAUAGACCACUUUUAUUCUUGUUUAGUUCAUGAGAAUUGAGAGAGAGAGCAGGUUAAGUGCGUUUUAGAGGAGAAAAAAAAAUGCACUUAUAAAAAAGAAAAGAAAAGAAAAGAAAAUAAAAGAAAUAUAGCAAAAUUUUAAAUCAAGUUUGUUAGGUUUUCAACCGUGUUAAACAGAAGAUGCAGAUGAAUUGAUUGGACAGGUACACAGUUUUAUUGCAUUUGAUAGCCCUGAUAUGUAACUUAAGGCUGUAAAUUUUCUAUUGGAAUCUUGUUCUGCCUGUGUAUCCAUAUAAUUGGUGAACCAGUGUUAUUAAAGGCUCAAGGCGCUAGAAAUCCUUUGGAGCUUAGGCGCGCGCUUGAGUGAAGUGAGGUGCACAAUUGAAUUUUUAAACUACCAUAAUAGCAUUCAUCUCUCACAAGUCACAUAUCAAUAUUCUAAAAAUUAAUAUCAAAUAUAAAAAAGUAAAUCUAUCAACUAUAUAAGUAUUCAAGAACCAUAAAAUAUAGCACAAAUUUGUUUUCUUGAAAGGCAAAACAGAGUACAAAAAGAAAUAAAUCUAUUAAAAAAAAAACUGUUAACAAGAAAAGAAAAAAAAAUAGAGCCAAAAAAGAAAAAAAAAGAUGCUGUGACAAAAGAAGUAGAUGAAGAUAGAGAAGUAGAUGAGAAAAGAGAGAAAGUGUUAAAGAAGAGAAAGGAGAAAAAAAUAGAACCAAAAAAAAAAAACCAAGAUGAGAUAAGAGAACUAGACGGAGAGAAAGAAGUAAACAAAGAUGAGAAGAGAGGAGUAGAGGAGAAGAGAGGAGAAGAAGAAAGAACUGACAUGUCUUCGUCAUUCGUCUCUGCCACUAGGGUUUUGUCGUUGCUCUCACAGUCUCACUUUCUAUGUUCGGUCUUCGACUUUCUUAUUUGUUUAUUCUUUUGAACAAAAGAUCCUUCUCUGAUAUGCUUAGGAUUUCUUAUUUGUUUAUUAAGUUGCCAAAAGUACCCUUUUUGGCUUAAGGGAUAGAACAAUCAUUUGAAAAAAAACAAAAAAUAGCGAGGUGCGCCUAGUGCACCUAGACAAAUAGGACGAGGUGUAACCGAGGCGCGCGCCUAGUAAACAUUAGUAAGCCUAGGAUGACAACAGGAGCUAGACCUGCGCCUCGAGCCUAGGCGUGUCUUUAACAACACUGUGGUGAACUAAUAGGUGUUUUGAACUUUUGACUUUUCUUGUACACUAUCAUGCUGAUCUGGAGAAGAAAUGCAAUAAUUGGUUUUCAUUAGCUUGGUGGUCAAUACCCUAGGAUUACUUAUAUGUACACGAUGAUGUUAAGCUGUUAGUAUGCUGAACAUCAAGUAGCAUCAAAGAUGGCAUAAUGCUCCUAACAAGUAUUUUCUAAUUUUUAGACAUUUCUGUACAUAUUAACUGUAAAUGAUAAUUAUUGAUAUCAUACGUUUUCAAAUAAUUGAUAUACAUAUGGGAGUCACCAUAUUAAGGGUGACAUAACCCCACAUCCUGCUGGGUUGCUUCAAAUUUAUGAUAAGAUGCAUAUUUUGAAGAGAAUGAGAAUAUCUUCAUUUCAAAGAAAUGAUUUAUUUAUCUCACCUUCUACUAGAUAAUUCAAAGUUUCAACUAUCAAAUGAUACAUACACUUGUCUCCUCAUUUUAACCCCUCCUAUUGUGGUUGAUCCAUUUGACCAUUAACCAUACAACUUCCAUAUUUUAGCUCCAAUAAUUUUAAAUAUCAGUAUGCCAUGAAUAAUUAACCCCACAUCCCGUAGCAAUUUCCUAGUUAAACUAAAUCUACCUGUGACCAGAAGUAAACAAUAAACAUUUUCAAAAUACUAAGGCAUGGAGUCACAGACUCACAGCUUAUGAAGCAGUUAUGCUAUCCAAAUGAGCCCAGUAAAACCCAGGAGUUGUCAAUAUGAGUUGCAUAAGCUACAAAUGAACCUAAACAGCUUGUGCUCGACUCAAUUCAGAGCUCAUUCACGUUCACUUGAUUGUAAAUUAUUAUCAUUUAGACUUCUUUUACUUAUAAAAAAAAUUCAUUUAGACUUCUUUACUAUGAGUCAAGGCCGGACAUCCUUAACUCAGCUUGUUAAGGUUUGUGAAUGAGACUCAACUAGUGAGGACUCGUAACCAUGAGCUGAUGAUCGUUGUAAUUUUGUAACGAUUUAGCCAAUUUUGAUCUCAAAUAAAGAUUCACUUGUUAAGUUAAUUAACCAAAUGAAUCAAGCUUGAGCUAAUGAGCUGUUCCUUGGAGUGGUCAAUUGACAUGUUUGACAUGGUGAAGAAUGAUGGUAGUUUAUCACUGACUCACUGCUGAAUCAAUUUUUUUAGGCAGUGAAUUAAUAUGUUCUGAUGAUUUUUAUCUAAGAAGCUAUAAAGAUAUAUGAAUGACAUGAUAGGGACACAUAAAUACUAGGAAUCAUAAAAAAAGUAGGAGAGGGACAUGACAAUGACACUGAUAUAAUACAUAUUCUAUAUAAAAAUUAUAUAAGGCAUGAGAAUCACUACAAAUUUUUUUUUCUUUUUUGAUAAGUAUGAGAAUUAUUACUUAAUGGCAAAUAAAUCUAAUUUUUGGUGGGCAGUCUACUGCUCCUUAGUGCAGAUAGGCCACAUGGCAAAUUUUUUUUUUUUUGAUUAGUAAUAUUGUACUAGAAAGUGCUCAAAUGGGGAACGCAUCCCAUUAAAGCUACACAAGGACCAAAUAGGGCCCUAAGAACCCAAAAAAUCAACUAGCUACCCUAAAGAUUUACAAUAUCUCCCAAGGACCAACUAAAAAAGAGAGAAAAUCAUAGAGAACUUCAGAGCCCCGAUGGAAGAUUCCUCUCCAUCAAAAGAUCUUCUAUUCCGCGCCCUCCAUAAGCAUCACCAAACACAUAACGGUGCCACCCUCCACAUGGCAUCGACCCAAUUGACUCAUUAGCAACAUCGAUGAGAAAAAAGGCACUCAUCCUCUUUUUAGAUCUCCCUGUUACCCAUCGCGGUAGCGUCCUCAAGGCCGCUUGCAGUGGCUAUGCUUGGUUAAGAAUUUUAAUCUUGCCUUGGGUGAAUCAGGUGCAGCUGAAAGAGGAAGCCAAGAGAGACGCUCCACAUGGGGAUCCUCAAUCCAGCAAGGUCAUAUUCCUCAUAAACGGAGACCUCCCUACGAAUAAGCCUCGAGGAUGGCAUAUAAACAUGAAUGCUUCCUCUCUACAGAUAAUUCUCGAAUGGGAGAGGACUAGAGUUGUGAGACCUCCCAUUGUUAAAAGCCCUUGAGGGGUUCCUCUUUAUGGAUAAAUCUUAAGGAUGAAAAGAACCUUUAGCUAUUCCUCUUUAUUGAUAAUCUUUGAGGAUGAAAAGAAGAACCUCAAAGAGUUCCUCCUACUAAUAAGCCUUGAGGAUGAAAAGAAGGCUAUUAAGGAGUUCCUCUCUAACGAUAAACCUAGAGGACAAAUCAAGGAGGUCGUAAACAACCACAAAAGCUAUCUGUGAGGCAAUGGAGGGUCAAAUUUAUUGGCUUGGUGUUUGAGAUUCGAGGAUUAUGGCGGGGUUGUGUUGUGUUCCAGAUGAUGCAAGUAUCCCUUGACCUGCCGCAAAGAAAGUGAGAGAGAAGAAAUCUCCCAAAAGUCAUCACAUUUAAUGAAUGUCCUCUCCCAGCCAUAGUCACGCUAAAUAUGUCACCUCCUUUACCCAAAAUAGCUGGUCACUUUACCUUGAGCCUUCAAAUGAUAUCCACUCCUUCCCUUAAGAAUGACCUAGCUGGCAAGCAUAUUGACCAUCGGUGAGCUCUUUUGCUCCUCAGUCCUUGUUAAUGAACACAAAGGUGAAAAAGAGUAAAUUUUGAUAUUCUCUUUUCAUAUAUGAUAUGUUAGUUUACAGGCCUAUAUAUAUAGAAGUGUAUUACAAAUUCUAUCUAAGGAAAAGAUAUAUACAGAUCAUAAUUUAAAAAAAGUCAACUAUCUAACUUUGGAUAAUUCCUAAAAAUCCUCCUUAACUAAUUUCCUAACAAUUCAGCCUAGAUCUUUCCACACUCCCCCUCAAGCUGGCUCGAAAAAAUGUCUUGCAUUCCCAGCUUGCAUGUAAGAUUGUCAAAUUUCCCCUUCAAUAAUCUUUUAGUGAGGAUAUCUGCUACCUGUUCUCCUGUAGGAAUAUAGGGCAUACAUAUCACUCCUUCCAAUUUCUCCUUAAUAAAAUGUCGAUCAACUUCCACAUGCUUAGUCCUAUCAUGUUGGACAGGAUUGUGAGCUAUGUUGAUUGCAGCUUUAUUAUCAAAGUAAAGCUUCAUAGGCAUCGGACUUGAGAUUUUAAGAUCUUCAAGUAAUCUUUUCAGCCACAAAAGUUCACAAAUUCCAUGAGCAACUGCUCUGAACUCAGCUUCUGCACUACUCCUUACUACAACGGUUUGUUUCUUGCUCAUCCAAGUUACCAAGUUUCCACCAACAUAAGUAUAGUAACCUGAAGUAGACCUUCUAUCCGUCACACUACCUGCCCAAUCAGCAUCGUUAUAGGCUUCAAUCCUUAGAUGGCCGUGGUUUUCAAACAACAAACCUCUUCGAGGUGAUCCCUUAAGGUAUUUGAGAAUCCGGUAGAUUGCCUCAAAGAGUUCUUCUCCUGGUGAGUGCAUAAAUUGACUCACUACACUCACUGCAAAGGCAAUAUCUGGUCGAGUGUGUGAAAGAUAAAUGAGUCUUCCAACCAGUCUUUGGAAUUGCUCUCGGUUCACCACUUUUUCUGCACUUGCUGCCUAUAACUUUAAAUUGGGCUCCAUCGGUGUUUCCACUGGUUUGCAGCCAAGUAAACCUGCUUCCAUAAGUAAAUCCAACACAUACUUCCUUUGAGAGACAAAUAUCUGUCUCUUGGUUCUGGCAAAUUCCAUUCCUAUGAAGUAUUUCAAAGCUCCAAGAUCUUUUAUCUCAAAUUCCUUUGCAAGAAAAGACUUCAAAUCCUCUAAUUCUCUUUUAUUAUCUCCGGUCAAGAUUAUGUCAUCCACAUAAACAAUAACUAUGGCUAUCUUACCAUCACUUGAAUGUUUGUAGAACAUAGCGUGAUCAGCCUGACUUUGACGAUAUCCAUGACCCUUGAUAGCUUUAGUGAAGCGAUCAAACCAUGCUAUGGGUGAUUGUUUUAAAUCAUAUAACAAUUUCUUCAAUUUACACACCUUUCCAGCUCCAUAAUCAUUUUCAAAUCCUGGUGGUAGAUUCAUAAACACUUCUUCCUCUAGCUCACCAUUUAAGAAUGCAUUCUUUACAUACAACUGCUGCAAUGGCCAACUCAAGCUUGUAGCAAGAGACAACAGCACCCAUAUGGAAUUUACCUUUGCCACCAGGGCAAAGGUUUCCUGGUAAUCUAUUCCAUAUGUUUGGGUGAAACCUUUAGCUACGAGUCUCGCCUUGUAUCUCUCAAUAUUACCAUCAGCCUUAUAUUUGACCGUGAACACCUAUUUGCAGCCUACGGUCUUCUUCUCCCUUGGAAACUCAACAAUCUCCCAAGUUUUGUUCUUAUCAAGAGCCCUCAUCUCUUCCAUAACUGCUGCCUUCCACUCAGUAAGAUUCAAGGCCUCCUGUAUAGUUCUAGGAAUUGAAACACCAGAGAGAUUAGUGGUAAAAGCUCUAUAAUUUGGAGACAAUCUAUGGUGGGACACAUAUUUAGCAAUAGGAUGCAUGGUACAAGAGCGAGUACCCUUUCUAAGUGCAAUAGGAAUAUCAAGGUCAUGAGAAAGGCUCUCUUCAUUGUUGGUUUCAGGAAUUAAAGAUGGAUUAGAGACUGAAAUACCUGUUUCAUUCAAGUUGCCUUUAUCCGGAGAAUUUUCUUAGCAGGUAGUAGGUUGGUGCUCUUUAUUUUGAUCCUUCCUUAUUCGAGAGUAAACAAGGAGCUCAGAUUGAGGUUGGAUUUGAAGUGGUUCUCCCCCUGAAGUGUAGUCUAUAAUGUUUGACUCAAUAGGCUUCAGAGAGGUUAAAAUAGUGGGUUCAGCAGGCAAGGUAGAGUUUGGUGAAACACUCAGCAAUGGAAAAGAGCCCAAUACUUCCCAAAAAUGGUCUUCCCUCUCAUUUCUCUCCCCAUAAUGAGUAUUUUUGGUGAAAUAGAGUUAGAGUCUCAAAAAAAGUCACAUCCAUACUCACAAAGAAUUUUUUUUUUUUGAUAAGUUACUCUCAAAGAAUUUUUUAGAGGUGAGGUUAUAACAUUUAUACCCUUUUUGUUUAGGAGAGUACCCAACAAACACGCACUUUUCAGCCCUAGGAUCAAGUUUUAAACGAUCCCGUGUAUGAACAUGUACAAAAGCAGUGCAUCCAAACACUUUAAGAGGUAAUGAGGUGAAGAUCCUAAUAUGAGGAAAAACUGACAGCAAGCUAUUUAGGGGCGUCUCAAGUUUCAACACCCUCGUUGGCAUUUUGUUGAUCAAGUAUGAAGCUGUAAGAACAGCCUCACCCCAUAGAUAUUUAGUAACCCCCAUAGUGAACAUUAUUGCCUUAACAACCUCGAGUAAAUGGUGGUUUUUUCUCUCAGCUAUCCUGUUUUGCUGUGGGGUAUCCAAGCAAGUGAACUGAUGGAAAAUACCCUUUUCUUUCAAAAAAUCACCAAGAAUAGAGUUAAAGAAUUCUUUUUCGUUGUCAGUUCUAAAUACUUGAAUCCGGGUUUGAAACUGGUUUUCAAUUAUGGCGUAGAACUCUUUAAACACUCUUGCAGCCUCAGAUUUUUCUCUCAAAAGAUAUACCCAACACACUCUAGUAUGGUCAUCAAUGAAGUGAUGAGGCACCUAGUUCCAGUCACAUUAGUAACCUGAGAAGGCCCCCACACAUCACUAUGAAUCAAAUAAAAUGGUUUGGAUGCUUGAUAUAAAUGAGAAGGAUAAGCUAGGAAGCACGGACACUCCGAAAUAGGCAAAGAAUCCGUGUCGGACACGGACACGCGUCGGACACGGCCCGACACGUGUCGGACACGGCAAAAAGCGUGUCUGGAAUUUUUUAUUUUUUAAAAAUUUUCGGACACGGAUUGGACACGGCACGGAUACGGCACGGACACGCGUCCGACACGCCAGGGUGUGUGUCCGACACGCGUGUCUUAUUUUUGGGGGUUUAAAAGAUAAUUUUUAAAAGAAAGUUGGGUUAAAGUACAAAUAUAUAAAGUUAUUUACUUACUUAUGUGGUCAGAACAUAAUAAUUUUAAACUUUCAAGGUUAAUAUGUAAUUUUAAACAAAAGAGAUAGAUAUUUAAGGCAGUCAUUACACUAUGACAAGAUCAGAUUCAAAGGACGGGGGUUGUGCUCUCUCAAACUGACGACGAAGCUCUGCAACUUCCUGCUGCAGAUCAAAGCGACUCCUUCCAGCCUCCAGGUCAGUCUCUCUCUCUCUCUUUCUCUCUCUCUCUCCUCUCUUUUCUUCCUCCUCCUUCCUCUUUUCUUUCUUUUUCUUCACAAACCCUAGUUUCUUUCUUUCUUCUUCAUUUUUUUUUUCUUUUUCCUUUUUCACAAACCCAGAUUCUUUCUUUCUUCUUCAUCUAUUUUUUUUUUGUUUUUUUUUUCGUUUUCCUUUUUCAAAACCCCAGUUUCUUUCUUUUUCUUUUCUCUCUCCUUUGUUUUUUUUUUUCCCCGUUUUUCACUAACCCCAGUUUCUUUCUUCUUCAUCUAUUUUUUAUUUUUUGUUUUUUGUUUUCCUUUUUCAAAACCCCAAAUUCUUUCUUUUUCUUUUCUCUCUCUCCUCCCCCCCCCCCCCCUCCACUAACCCCAGUUCACAAACCCGUCUUCUUCUUUUCUGGUAUUUUUCUUUUUUUACAGACCUUAAUUUCUUUCCUAAUUUCUUUCUUCUGCUUCUUCUUCUUCUUCUUCUCUGUUGUCUUUAUUCUUGCUUUAAAUUUUAGCUUGUGUGAGUCGUGACUUAUUGACCUGUAAAUGAAUUGGAUUUCAUCUUUGAUUUAAUUUCAGCUAUUGCAUAUGACUUAUGAAUCUGUAGCAAAUAGGAAUUUAUUUUUUCUUUGCUGACUGUUCUUUCUUUGCUGACUGCUGUAAGUAUGGAUUUUUUUUCUUUUCUUUUUAUGUCUAGGGAAUUAGACAUGUCAUUGUCUACAUCAGUUGCUAGUUGUACUCCUCAAUUCGAACAAGAUGAUAACAAACCACUUUGGAACUAUGUCACACAAUUAGAAAAAAUUGGUGGUGGAGGAGGAAAUUUUUUAUUCAAAUGCCACUUUUGUAAUAACGAAUUCAGGGGGUCUUAUACAAGAGUUAAAGCCCACUUGUUGCAGAACACUGGUAUGGGUAUUCGUAUAUGUCCAAAAGUCACAUAUCAGAAUAUUGCAGAAAUGCAAAAAGCAAUUGAAGAAGCCGAAUUGAGAUUUAAAAAUUCUAAACCAAAAAAAGUUCCUUUGCCGCCGUCUAGUGCAUCAUUGGGUGGUACUACUAGUCUCACUCAGGAGGCUUAUGUACCAAAGAAAAGAAAGGCAAGUGGGGGUGCCAUUGGGAAGGCAUUUAAUAAUGAGGCUCGGGAACAAUUGCACUCAGAGAUUGCUAGGAUGUUUUAUUCCGCAGGAUUGCCGUUUCAUCUAGCAAGAAACCCGUAUUAUGUGAGUUCAUACAACUAUGCUGCAAAUAAUCCUCUGUCAGGUUAUUUGCCUCCGGGUUAUAAUCUAUUGAGAACCACUCUACUUCAAAAAGAAAAGGCAAAUAUUGAUAGAUUAUUGCAACCAAUUAGGAGUACAUGGAAGGCAAAGGGUGUUAGCAUUGCAAGUGAUGGUUGGAGUGAUCCACAAAGGCGGCCUUUAAUUAAUUUUAUGGCUAUGACAGAAGGAGGUCCCAUGUUUUUGAAAGCUGUUGAUUGUUCCGGUGGAAUUAAAGACAAGUUUUUCAUUUCCAAUUUGUUGAAGGAAGUCAUAAAUGAGGUUGGCCCCCAAAAUGUGAUCCAAGUAAUUACAGACAAUGCCCCAAAUUGCAAGGCUGCUGGACAACUAAUUGAAGGGCAAUUCCCUCACAUUGUUUGGACACCUUGUGUGGUCCAUACUCUUAAUCUUGCCCUCAAAAAUAUUUGUGCUGCAAAAAAUGUGGAAAAGAAUGAAAUUGCAUAUGCAGAGUGUGGUUGGAUUCUUGAUUAUGCUGAUGAGGUUACAAAAAUAAAGAAUUUCAUCAUGAACCAUUCAAUGAGAUUAGCUAUUUUCAAUGAGUUUGUCAGCUUGAAGUUGCUUUCAGUUGCAGAGACACGCUUUGCUUCUGUUAUUGUGAUGAUGAAAAGAUUUAAACUUAUAAAAGGUGGUCUCCAAGCAAUGGUCAUAAGUGACAAGUGGACUUGCUAUAAGGAGGAUGAUGUAGGAAAGGCCGAUUAUGUGAGAGAGAAGCUGUUGGAUGAACAAUGGUGGGGAAAGAUUGAUUAUAUCCUUUCCUUUACUUCACCUAUUUAUGACAUGCUAAGGGCUUGUGAUACCGAUAAGCCUUGUCUUCACUUAGUUUAUGAUAUGUGGGAUACAAUGAUUGAAAAAGUGAAGAUGGCAAUAUAUAGGUAUGAAAGAAAGCGACAAAGUGAAAGUUCUUCCUUUUAUGAAGUGGUGCAUGGGAUACUUGUAGCUCGUUGGAACAAGAACAAUACUCCGCUUCAUUGCUUGGCACAUUCACUAAAUCCAAGGUACUAUAGUGAUGUGUGGCUUAGUGAAGACCAAAGUCGAGUUCCACCACACAAGGAUUUAGAGGUCUCAAGAGAGAGAACAAGGUGCCUUAAAAAAUACUUUAGUGACCCACAAGAGCGUUCAAAAGUCCAAUUGGAGUAUGCUAAUUUUUCAUCAAACUCGGGGGAAUUUGGGGAGAGUGAUUCUAUAUGUGAUAGAUAUACCAUGGAUCUUAAAAGUUGGUGGGUUGUACAUGGUUCAUAUGGUCCCUUGCUUCAAGAGUUAGCUUUGAAGUUGCUUGUCCAGCCUUCUUCCUCCUCAUGUUGUGAGAGGAACUGGAGUACUUAUUCUUUUAUUCACUCAUUGAGAAGGAACAAGAUGGCGCCACAACGGGCUGAAGAUUUGGUUUUCAUUCAUAGUAAUCUCCGUCUUCUGUCAAGGAGAACCCCACAGUACAAUGAAGGACGAACUAAGAUGUGGGAUAUUGCAGGAGAUGCAUUUGAUUCAUUUGGUGAUGUUGGGGUGCUUGAGGUUGCAAACCUCUCACUUGAUGAGCCAGAAUUAGAGGCGGUAUUAUUUACCGAUGAUGGAAGUGUUAAUGAUGAUGAGAUUCAUGAGACAAUUGAUGAUGAACAACAAUAGAUGAAUGCUGAUAUGUUCUUUUUUUUUUUGUUUUGGACUACCCUUUUGGUAUUGUAAAUGGUAAAGUCCUAGGUCAAAUGAUGGAUGGGAAUAGAUGAUAAUACACUGACUUGUUUUUGUAUCUUUUUUGGGACUAGCCUUUAGGUUUUUGUGAAUGUUAAGUGCUAACAGUACAGUCCUGAAUGUUAAACAAUCAUGAAUGUUAAUAGUCCUUUCAGUCUAUGCUUUUGUAUUUGGAGUAAAGUUGCAAUGAUGAUUAAAUGAUACUAGUUAUUAUUCUAAUAUCUUGUUUUUUAUUUGGUUUUAUAACUCUGCAACAUUGUUCUUUUAUAGUUUAUUAGUUAUAAGUUAUGAUUUGUAUAUAUUUUCCAUUGUGAGGUUGAUGAAAAAUAGUAACACUCGGUAAUUUUUAAAGUACUACAUCAUAUAUAUAUAUAUAUACACUAUUCGCCGUGUCCGUGUCCUAAUUUUUUUGGAUUUGCCGUGUCGCCGUGUCCGUGUCGUGUCGUAUCCGUGUCCCGUAUCCGUGUCCGUGCUUCUUAGAGGAUAAGAAACACGAUGAUGAUUUGAUAAUUGGUAAGAUUCACUUUGAAAUACCAAAGGAUUUAAAUUUUUGAACAGGGAUGGAAACAAAUGUUUUAAGUAAGAGAAACUGGGAUGGCCUAACCUAUAGUGCCAUAACAUUAUUUGACUUUUAACAGAAAUAGAAAUAUCACUACUACUUGCAGCUUGAGCUUGUCCACUCUUGAAGAUUUCAUUAUUAAAAUAAUAGAGUCCAUCAACCAUCCUAGCACUGCCAAUCAUCUUCCUCGAGAACAGGUCUUGAAAUUCACAGUGAGAAUCAAGAAAUUUGACAACACAGUUAGAAUCUUUGGUGAGUUUACUAACUGAUAAAAGAUUGCAUGAAAGGUUAGGCACAUGGAGGACAUAUUUUAAAACAAGGUUUUCUGAGACUACUAUAGAACCUUUUCCUGCAACUAGAGACAAAGUAUCAUCAGCAAUAUGAAUUUUUAAGUGACCAGAAUUUGGAAAAUAUGUACUAAACAAAUGUGAUAAACUAGUCAUGUGAUCAGAGAUCCAAGGUGCCAGAUUUAAAGAACCAGUCAGAGCACUUAAAGAGCUACCUUCUUGGGCAAGAGAACCUGAGAAGACCCUUGAAACCUGAGUUUUGUUCAGCAGUUUGGAGAGAUGAUCAAGCUGCUCCUUACUGAUUGGAGAUGUCUCGGUUUCAGUAGUAGCCUGUAUUCCACGCCCAUUCUUGCCUCCAAAUCUGCCUACCUUCCAAUUUGCUGGUUUUCCAUGUAGUUUCCAGCAUGUUUCUCGCGUGUGCUUUGGUUUGUUACAGAAAUCACACCAGAUCUUGGUUUUCUCUUCAAUCUUCCGCUGUGGGUGAUUUGUUGGUUUUAGAUUAACUGCAGUUGCUGCCAUUUCAGUGGCUGUUACAUUGAGUGCAGAGUUCUCACUAUGAGUGCUAGAAGAUUUCUUUCCCAUCAUCACCAACCUGCGGCUUUCUUCCCUCUUAACUUCUGAGAAGACUUCUCUAGUGGUAGGCAGUGGCUCUUUGCCUAGAAUACGUCCUCUCACUUCAUCUAACUCAGCAUUGAGUCCAACCAAAAAUUAAAAAACACGGUCCUUCUUAACUGUUUUCUUGAACUGGGCACUAUCACCUGCACACUUCCAUUCAAAAUCAUAAAAGAGGUCAAGUUCUUGGCACAAACCUUGUAAUAUGUUGUAAUACUUUGUAACAGUCUGAUCUCCUUGCCUUGUUUCUCGGAUCCCUGUUUUAAUUUCAUAGACUUGUGCAGAAUUGCCUAAGUCUGAGUAUGUCUCACUCACUGCGUCCCAUAAUUCUUUGGCAGUGGAGAGAUACAUAAAUGUCUGGCCUAUCUCCGAUUCCAUGGAGUUCACUUAGCCAUGACAUAUUCAUUGAAUUUUCUGUAUCCCAAACGGCAUAUGCUGGAUCAUCUUCCUUUGGGGCGUGCUUUGCACCAGUUAAAUAACCAAUCUACCCCCGCCCUCGGACGAACAACUUUACGGAUUGAGACCAUAGAAAAUUCUGUCUAUUCAGCCGAUGAGUGGUAAUUUGGAGGAUUGGGUUGUCACCUGAACCGGAUGAAGUAAUCUGGGAUUUCCGAGCAUUUGAAGAAUCGACCGAAACUUCCUCAAUGAAGAUUCCAGACAUCACGGAUUUAACCAAAGAAAUUGUCCAAAAAUGACGAAGAGAAAUACAAGAAUAAGUCUUCUAUAAUUCUGGUAUAAACGACCUGAAUUAAGAUGAAUAUUUGCUGAUUUUAUCGGAUAAUCAGCAGAACGAUGGAGUAAUUUACCGUCCUAGUGAAGGCGGCUCUGAUACCAUGAACACGAAGGUGAAAAAGAAUAAAUUCUGAUAUUCUCUUUUCAUAUAUGAUAGUUUACAGGCGUAUAUAUAUAGAAGUGUAUUACAAAUUCUAUCUAAGGAAAAAAAUAUAUAUAAAUCAUAAUUUAAAAAAAGUCAACUAUCUAACUAUGGAUAAUUCCUAAAGAUCCUCCCCAACUAAUUUCUUAACAAUUCAGCCUAAAUCUUUCCACAGUUAAAGAUCAAAGUAGUAUAAAAGGGGAGUAAAGUGGCCAAUUAACGAGGACCAAACAAGAGAGAGAGAGAGAUUCGAACGCAUGCCACCAAGUAAUUAGCACAUUUUUGUGGGAGGUUACUAGAAAAUUUCCCCCUUCGCUAUUGGGACACUCCUCGUGGUCCUUUCGUGACAACCCAGAUCUCCACCUAGGCCAUUGCUCCCUUGUGACCAUGUCAUAAUCGAUAUGAUUCCUUAUAUCAUUGAACGCUUUACCCACAAUUACAUUCUAUGAUCGCAUGAAAUUUCUACAAAUUAUGAUUUAAAUCAUUCCUGUUGAGUUGAGAAAGUUAUAAAUAGGAAUCAACAUAUGUGUAUGCUUGUGUUUAUGUAUGUGUGUGUGUGUGUGUAUAUAUAUAUAUAGAAAUAUAUGUGUAUGCACACAUAAUUUGAAAUCUUCUCCUCCUUCCAUGCCCACUUCAGUAAAAUAGUUCUACACGCUUUUGUUUUUUAAUAUAUAUAU